GCUGCUUAUUGGAAAAAAACGGUUACCACUUGGUGCAAGACAACUGAUGUGAAUUUAUCCAACUCCUUGAAUGGUUUGAGCUUCAUGGGAAUUUUGGAUGCGAGAGCAGGCAAUGGUAUCCAGAGUCUUCCGAACUACAAUUCCAGGGCGCCGCGGUCCCUCUCGUUGCCCACAUACGAGCCUAGACAUCACUGCAGUGCUUUGGAAGACUGUCAUAGCCUUAAAUCCGUGGAUUCUGGUAUUCCCACUCUGGAAAUAGGAAAUCCAGAGCCUGUUCACUGCAAUGUGCUCCAUGUGAAGAGGAAGCAGUCGGAGCCCGAAAUCGUGCCCGACAGAGCGUUCCAGAGCGCGUGCGCGCUGCCCUCCCUGGGGCCCCCGCAGCCCCUGGCUGCCGAGCCCGAGGCUCCCGUGCGGAAAUCCUCGACCUUCCCCAGAACGGGCUACGACAGCGUCCGCCUUUACAGCCCCACUGCCAGAGCGCUGAGUCGAAGCGACGACAUCUCGGUCUGCAGCGUGUCCAGCCUCAGCACGGAGCUGUCGACAACGUUGUCCGUCAGCAACGAGGACAUCCUGGACUUUGUGGUCACGAGCAGCUCCAGCGCCAUUGUGACCCUCGAGACCGACGACGCGCACUUCUCGGACGUCACCUUGAAUCCCACCAAAGAGAGCGGCGACCAAAGCCAGCAGGAGUGCUGCCAAGAGGCAAAUGUGGAGAGCAAGCUAAAAAUCUUGGGACCUUUCACUAACUUCUUUGCCAGGAACUUGUUUACCAGAAAGCCAAAUGCAAGACUCGAAAAACCAAACGAUGUGGGAUGGAAGUUGUUCGGAAAAGUGCCCGUCAGAGAGAACUCCCAGAAAGAUCCCAAGAAUGUGCAAAAGGAAUAUGAAGAAAAAACUGGACGAGCUCACAGGCCACUUUCUCCCAAGCAGAAUGUGAGGAAGAAUCUUGAUUUUGAACCACUUUCCACGACAGCACUUAUUUUAGAGGACAGGCCAGCGAACCUCCCUGCAAAACCAGCAGAAGAAGCUCAGAAACAUAGACAACAGUAUGAAGAAAUGGUGGUUCAAGCAAAAAAAAGAGAGCUUAAAGAAGCCCAGAAGAGAAAGAAACAACUGGAAGAACGCUGUAAACUGGAAGACAGCAUUGGCAAUGCUGUUCUAACUUGGAACAAUGAAAUCUUGCCCAACUGGGAAACUAUGUGCUGCUCGCGCCGGGUGCGGGAGCUGUGGUGGCAAGGCAUCCCGCCGAGCGUGCGGGGCAGGGUCUGGAGCCUGGCGAUCGGCAACGAGCUCAACAUCACGCACGAGCUCUAUGAGAUCUGCCUGGCUCGUGCCAAAGAGAAAUGGCGAUCGCUUAGCACAGGAGGGGCCGAAGUGGAGUGUGAAGAUGCUGGGUUUUCUGCAGCUGACAGAGAAGCAAGUUUGGAGUUGAUAAAACUGGAUAUCUCAAGAACAUUUCCUAAUCUCUGUAUUUUCCAGCAGGGUGGUCCUUACCAUGACAUGCUGCACAGUAUUUUAGGGGCCUAUACUUGUUACAGACCUGAUGUGGGCUACGUGCAGGGCAUGUCGUUCAUCGCAGCGGUGUUGAUCUUGAACUURGAUACUGCAGAUGCCUUCAUUGCUUUUUCUAACCUUUUAAACAAGCCCUGUCAGAUGGCGUUUUUCCGUGUGGACCAUGGCCUUAUGUUGACUUAUUUUGCCGCCUUUGAGGUAUUCUUUGAAGAAAAUCUGCCAAAGUUAUUCGCUCACUUCAAAAAGAAUAACCUAACUCCAGACAUCUAUCUUAUUGACUGGAUAUUCACACUGUACAGCAAGUCUUUGCCACUAGACUUGGCAUGUCGUGUCUGGGAUGUGUUCUGCCGUGACGGGGAAGAGUUCUUAUUCCGCACAGCCUUGGGAAUAUUAAAACUUUUUGAAGAUAUUUUGACCAAAAUGGACUUCAUUCACAUAGCCCAGUUUCUAACAAAGCUACCRGAAGAUUUGCCUUCAGAGGAAUUCUUCACAUCUAUUGCUGCCAUUCAGAUGCAAAGUAGAAACAAAAAAUGGGCUCAGGUACUGGCUGCUCUGCAGAAAGAUAACCGGGAGAUGGAGAAAGGAAGCCCCUCGCUCAAGCGCUAGGACUGCGGCUGCCUCGGCUGCCUUGCCGGAUCCGAGGGCUCGGAGGCGGCAGGAGUGCUGAGCCCGGCCCGCGCCAGCCUGCAAGUUACAGUGCUCUUUCACACUUGGGUUAGCAGCAGGACAGCCUUAAAAGGGAGCGAGGGAGGAAAAAGGAAACCCAGGCUUAGCCUUAAACUUCGACUAGAAUGAGUGUUCUCAGCAGACAGCAUCCUAGUCUGUACUUAGCCUAUGAGUGAAACAAAACCAUAUUACAGUUUCUAGGUUUUCUUCUAUCAUGUUUUAGAAUAUUGGGCAUUCACCAGUGUUGAUUGCUUUGAAAGCUAUUCCCCAGUUUAGUUCUUGGGCAGGAUAUGCUUCCCGUAUCCAUAGCAGUAGCUGGACCUGGAUUUUAAAUAACUGGUGCUGGAGAUUGUAGUUAAAUGAUGCAAAGGACCAUUUCUUCAGAAAAGCUUGUUGUAUUUUUUGUUUCUUACAGGCUCUAGGCCCCAUUAACCAAAGAAAUCUCAUACACACAGAACUACAUUCCAUUCUUUAGGAACAGGAAGUAUUAGAAGAUAAACGUGGAAGAGAGGUCACUAGCAGUGCAAAGCACUUUCUUUUUUUUCGCUCAGCUGCCUUGCAGAUCCACCCUGGAUGCCUAUGAAAAAUGUUCCAUUCAUUCAGUUAGAUUCUGAAUGCACAGGGAAAUUUCUAGUAUUAAGCUGGCAACAUUUCCCAAAUACUCUUGCUUUGCUCUGCAUAAGACCAGAUCAUAUAGAACUAACCACGUGCUUCUCUCUUACCUCUCUUCUGGGGCUGUGCCCUUUCAGGGUGCUUUGGCCUCCCAGCUGCUUCCUCCUUUGCCAUCUCUCCUGUUGUGUUAGUCAUAUUUUCUGUAGGCUGAGCAGACCUGAAAAAGGUUAAAAACGUUUUUAAUGGCAGCUUUUAGCCCAGCAGUGCYCUGGCAAAAGGGAGGCGGGGAGAGUGUGGCAGAGCUUGGGCAUCCAGCCCUGCUCUGAAGGAAGGAGCCCUUGGGGAACAGCGAGCGUGGGGCCGAGCUCUGCAGGGACAGACAAGAGAGGUUUGUCAGGGAGGUGUCGGACACAUGGCACGUGCCAGCAGCACGAGGAAAGGCUCUCAUUUCCCAGCUCCUUGUUUCAGGAGAGGUGUUUUGCAACCUGUUACUUACAGCCUGUAAUACGUCUGAGCACGUUACGGAGCUGGCGGACUGCAGUAGCACAUUUGUUACACAGCUUAAAUUCUGCCUGCGUUCAGCUGAAUGUCUGAGUGUAAAUCAGGAGUGCCUGUGAUUUACAAGAAUGUUUAUUGCAUAAUGUAGAGCAUAAAAUCUAUUUUAUAAAUAGUGACUGUCACUGAAAAGGGAAUCUCACUGAAGCAAUAUGUGCAUUUAGCUGUAAACAGGAAUUACUAAAUCCUUUAGCYCUAGGGUCUUAGAUUUCCUAUUGCUCUUCAGUCUGUUUUAAUGAUGCUUCAGUAUUGUCUGAAAUGCAAAUGUACAAGAGAAUUGAAUAACUAAAUGGAGAUAAUGGUUGCAAAUUGCUGGACGCCAGAGACAAAACACACGGGAGAUAUUCAAAACCCUGUCCUUAAGCAUGAGACCAUUAUUUCUCUGAGUAGUACCUGGACCGCAAUUCCACCAGGAUUGACAUGUAGAAGAAUCCUYCGGGUGCUGGAGGGCCCCUGGUCACCUGGAGAGCUCUGCAAYGCAAACGCAGCCUGCGAGUCGGUUACCUCAUUGGCCUCUGCUCGUGUCCCCUUUGUGUACCCUGUGUAGGGGGUACUUCUUUAGCCAUCCUCAUUUCCCCAGCAGCCUUUUCUAGGCCUCACUGAAAAGAGACUUCAGAGUGUUGCUGUGAACGCAUCCUGGUUCUCCCAGAACUUGCACGGUUCUUUGGUGACUGGUACUUGCAUGUUACGUGCUCGGGAGUGCGGUAGGAAGCUGCACGGUCGGCAGGUUUUUCUCUUUGCUUUUUAUUACAAAAAACAUGCCUUGUCGUGAAGGGUGUCAGAGGCCUAACAUCUAUCUGAAACAUUUGCACUAUACUUUAAAAUGAUUUUUUAAGCAUCCAGACAGCUUCUCCUCAGUGGACGUUUGCUACCUGGUACUGUAGCUGGCUUUGUAACUUAAGUCCUCACUGCAGCGAGGUGUGUGUUUCAUUUAAACCGAGUCUGCAACACGCCUGGCUCGCUUGUCCCGCUAGGAAAGGUUCUUCAGGCACUCUGUGUCCUUGCAGGCGUCUCCAGCCCCUUCUCCUUUUUCUCGUCUCAACAAAAUGUUGAAUGUAACACUGAAAAUGGGCUACGUUGUGGAAAAAGGCCUGCUGCAGCACUUAGGCACUGUUGGUACUUGCAGCUGUUCUUAUUUUUGUUCUGUGAUUUGAUCUUUCUGUUCUUAGAAGAUGUAUAUAUUUUCUAAAUGAUUUCUUUGUGUAUAUAAGGUAUGUUCUUUAAUGAAGAAAAGCAAUGCAAUAAGGAGCUUUGCACAGUUUGUUUUCAAACAAAAAUGCAUUUGAAAAAACAAACACAAACCUGCCUAAAGAUGCAAUUGUUUCAAUUUCGGUAACUUGAUUUGAAGAUAAGCUUGAAUUUUUGAUAAAAACAGAUGUACAGCAAUGGCAUAGAAUUACUUGCCACUAGGCUUUUUAUGUUUCUCACACAUACCAAAUCUCUUAAUUAGCUAUUAAAGGUUUCUGUAAUAAAUUCAGGGAUUGCAUAAAAGAUUUUGACAAUUUUAUUGUUCAGGUGCUUGAGAGUAUCUGUAACAUGAGAUUUUCCCUCAUUCACCGAGUGUCUCCAUCAAGCAAACCGUUCAUCUCAUCAUGGAUUUAAAGAAAAAAAUGCUGUAAUAAUCAGAAAUCUGCAGCUGUCACUGCACAUGCAGCAGAUGAGAGAAAUCAGAAAACUUCAACCAGGUUUGCAGUUCUGUGCAACUUGCACUUUAUAAUAAUAAAGCUGUUUUGCAACUCCAGUCAUCAGUUGAUCAUUAAAAUAUGUCACUUAGUAAAGAAUUUUGUCCUGAAAGGUACUUUAUAACAGCUUAUUUUUGAAUGUUUUAAAAACUAGAGUGACAUGUAGAGAACUGUUGAUACAUCCCCUGUACAUCAUG